UGUCAUUAAUUUUAGUUAAUUUUCUAUUUUCUCUGUUCCAGUUAAUUUUGAGUCUUUAGUUUUAAGGAGUAAAAUACAUAUUUAAUAUUGCAUUUUGAUAUCCGGUUUUGUAUGACUGAGGCUUGAACCGGCUUGAAACUUCACGGUAAAGAAAGGGCGUAAAUGCAGAGUGUUUUGACAGUGAAGUGCCGAGGAGAAAAUUGGCUCCUAAAAGAGGAAGGCCAUAGUUUGAGCCUCAUCUUUAAGAAUUAUCACCAAUUUGUCUGAUAUAUAUUCUUUCCCCCAAUGAAAUCAAAGAAGUUACAGCCGGGUCAAGAUCAACAGAUAUCCCAAUACAUAUAGAAAAUGAGAAGUUAUGUCACUGGGAUCGCAAUAACCCACUUUUUUACACAACCAGCAAUCCAUCAUGUGUGAUGAAUAUAUUUUAAUGCUACAGAAAAAUCUGCAGUCUCUUGCAACAAGAGUUCCAAAAAUUAUGUUGCAGAGAGUUGAUGAAGUAUGGCCUGCUCUGAAGGAAAGCACAAACUGUGUGGAUAUACUGAAAGUUGUACCUGGUUCAUGUGGUGAGACAGGUGCAACGUUUUCUGAUGAUGGAAGUGGGGUCAUCAAUGUAAAAGUUGAGGAGGGUACAGAUAUACAAGAGGUGGAGGAUCCUGUACCUAUGUCGUGUUCCUUAAUAAAGGGUGAACAUGAGAACUGUGUGGAUAUACUGAAAGUUGUACCUGGUUCAUGUGGUGAGACAGGUGGAACGUUUUCUGAUGAUGGAGGUGGGGUCACCAGUGUAAAAGUUGAGGAGGGUGCAGAUAUACAAGAGGUGGAGGAUCCUGUACCCAUGUCGUGUUCCGUAAUAAAGGGUGAACAUGAGAACUGUGUGGAUGUACUGAAAGUUGUAGCUGGUUCAUGUAGUGAGACAGGUUCAUCAUUUUCUGAUGAUGGAAGUGGGGUCAUCAAUGUAAAAGUUGAGGAGGUUACAGAUAUACAUGAGGAGGGGGGUCCUGUACCAAUAUCAUGUUCAGUAAUAAAAUGUGAACAGGAGAUAAUUCCAAAUGAACUGGAGUUUGUACAUGGCAGAGAGCAUCCAUAUUUCUGUGAAAUAUGCACUAAAUCAUUCAGUAGUGACGCCUGUAUGAAGAUUCAUCUAUGUAGUGGAGUACAGCCAUAUUCUUAUGAUGUGUGUACUAGUUCAUUUAGUAGUAAAAGUAGUCUGAAGGAACAUGAACACCUACACAGUGAGGAUCAGCCUUAUUUCUGUUUUGCAUGUAACAAGUCAUUUAGUAGAAAGAAUUAUUUUAAGGCACAUCUAAACAAACAUAGUGGGGAGCAGCCAUAUUCCUGUGAUGAGUGUGGUAAGUUAUUCAUUAGUAAGUGUUACCUGAAGAAACAUAAAUAUACACACAGUGAGGAGCAUCAGUAUAUCUGUGAUAUAUGUAAUAAGUCAUUCAGUAGAAAGAAUUAUUUUAAGGCACAUCUUAACAAACAUAAUGGGGAGAGGCCAUAUUCCUGUGAUGAGUGUGAUAAGUCAUUCAUUAGUAAAUGUUAUCUGAAGAAACAUAAAUAUAUACACAGUGAGGAGCAUCAGUAUAUCUGUGAUAUAUGUAAUAAGUCAUUCAGUAGAAAGAUUUACUUGAUGACACAUCAGAACUUGCAUAGUGGGGAGCGCCCCUAUUCCUGUGAUAUGUGUAAUAGGUCAUUUAGUAGUAGCUAUUAUCUGAAGAAACAUCAAUAUCAACACAGUGAAGAGCAUCCAUUCUUCUGUGUUGCAUGUAAUAAGUCCUUCAGUAGAAAGAGUUACCUGAAUGCACAUCAAAACUUGCAUAGUGGGAAGCGCCCAUAUUCUUGUGAUUUGUGUAAUAAGUCUUUUAUCAGUAGGUGUUAUCUGCAGAAACAUCAACGCAUACAUACUGGGGUGCGCCCAUAUUUGUGUGAUGUGUGUAACAAAUCAUUUCAUGUUAAGAGUAAUCUGAAAGAACAUCGGCGCAUACACAGUGGGGAGCGUCCAUAUUCUUGUGAAAUGUGUAAUAUGUCAUUCAGUACUCAGAGUAGUCUGAAGAGACAUCAACGCAGACAUACAGGGGAGCGACCAUAUUCAUGUGAUACAUGUAAUAAGUCAUUCAAGAGCAUGUGUGACAUGAAGAAACAUAAACAUGUACAUAGGAGUUAGCUUGUAUAUGUUUGUUGUAUGUGUAAGAAAUCAUUUUAUGUAUAAUGUAGUAUGAAGGUACAUAAUAUGAACACUGUGAGCAGGAUCCGUAUGUCUGUGAUACAUAUUGUGUGUGUGGGGUUCCAUAACUAAUUGUAAUGGGUUCUGAAUUGGAUGAUUGGAUUUAUUAACAUCUUAUACAAUCAGCACGUACUUACAAGCAACACAGCACCAUCGCUGAUUUACACAAUUUACAGUUCACCGUUACACAUACACAAGGAUUGUCAGUCUUUGCUAGUUGUAUCCUGGGAAGAGAAUGCAAACAGCCUCACUGUGACUAAACCUUCUAAUGACACACUAAGUCUUCACAGGCUUCUUCAACUACUAACUUCCCAUGGCUAUCUCUGCUGACAAUUGACUCAGUUCUCAAUCUUGUAGUGUCUGUUGUACUUUGUUGUAUUCCAAUUCUCUAAUCUUUCUAACUACAAACAGACUCUUAUUAUAUAGCCUUGGGUCAGAUCCAUGGAAAACAAUGUCUUCUCUUGUCGAAUAUUGUUGUGUUACCUAGAAACAAGUUGUAGCAUGGGCCACAGAGAACUCAGCUCCUCUUGUUUUAUGUUUGCCGGAGUAGGUAUAAUAAGCCAUUUCCUAGCAAUGGGUAUAUGCAUCAUAGUAUAAUUCAUUUUAUGGUAGUAGAUGUUAUUCGAAGGUAGUUACGCUUGCACAGUGAGUAGUGCCUCUUCCUAAUGUAAUAAAUUAUCUAGUAGUAUGAGUUAGCUGAAGAUAUAUCAACUCAUACUUGAGUAUCAUUAACAGGGGCCCUAUCUUUUAGAGAUGCUGGUUGUAGCAUGUACUGAGUUGACUCACAUAGCUCAUAUCACUUACUUACUCAUGGAGCUGAGCCCUUCUGGAGGAGCCGCCAAUUCUGCAGCUACUCAAG